GUUUGAAUAACUUUCAGUCUCGGUAAUUAAUUACAGUUUGACUUGAUAGUGAACCUUUUUUCACUACUCUGCUCUAAAUCACAAGAAAAAUCCUGUAUUUUGGUUUCCGCACAAGUCAAAUGCCGCCAGAAAAUGCUAACAAAUCACAAAUGAAACAAGCGCCCACAUUCAAAGUUCGGCCAUUAAUGGGCCUAUUGAAUUGUGGGUUUUAGCUUCACAUACUUUGUUUCACAUCCAAGUCGCUGUCGCCUGCCAAAGUUGAACCAUUUUAUGCAAUUCCAAUACGGCACAAACGAAAUUUGUUGCUUUGGGAUAUAUCAGUUGGGGUAGGAAACAAAAAAAUGUAAUUGUAAAACAGUAGAAAGUACCAAAACUCCAAAAGUAAAGUUUCAAAAUGGAGGGAAUACAGCACAAAUUCAUACAAGUGAGCGAUGGCCUGAAGAUUCACGUGGCUGAGAUCGGAAGUGGGCCGUCGGUGGUGGUGUUCCUACAUGGGUUCCCGGAGAUAUGGUACUCUUGGCGCCACCAGAUGAUUGCCGUGGCCAAGGCUGGUUACAGGGCCAUCGCUCCCGAUUACCGAGGAUAUGGAUUAUCGGAUCCGCCACCGGAACCCCAGAAGGCCUCUUUUGUCGACUUCAUCAAAGACAUGGUUGAAGUUCUUGAUGCUUUGAGCAUCCAAAAGGUUUUUCUCGUUGGUAAAGAUUUUGGGGCUCCUUUAGCUUAUUAUAUCGCUCUCCUCCACCCAAAUAGAGUCUCAGCGAUAGCAACAUUAGGCUUGCCAUUCCUGGCACCAAAGAAUCCUCUGCGCCACAACCUUCUGCCUGAAGGCUUCUAUGUUUAUAGAUGGAAAGAACCUGGGAGGGCUGAAGCUGAUUUUGGACGUUUCGAUGCUAGGACAGUUGUGAGAUAUAUCUACAUUCUGUUUUCCAAGAGCGAAAUACCGAUUGCUAGUGAAAAUCAGGAGGUCAUGGACUUGGUGGAACCAUCCACUCCUCUUCCUCCUUGGAUAACUGAGGAAGAAUUUGAAUCCUCCUACGGCGACCUAUAUGAGAAAUCUGGUUUCGAAACAGCAUUGCAAGUCCCUUACAGGUAAUGGACUAGCUAGUCUUAAUCUGCAAUUUGCCCAUCUAUGACAAAAAUAUCUCUACUUCAUCAGGAUCUAAGGAACUGCCUUCUUGAAUUGAGUGAAUCGACGCGAUGUGAUAUAACUUCGUGACUAUGUUUUAGGACUAAGGGUGACAGUUCAAGUAUGGAAGAUCCUAAAAUUGAAGUUCCAGCAUUACUGAUCAUGGGUGAGAAGGACUAUUGCAUGAAGAUUCCAGGGAUGGAAGACUACAUAAGGAGUGGUGAAGUUAAGGUUUAUGUACCGAAUUUGGAGAUAAAAUACAUGCCAGAGGGAAGCCAUUUUGUUCAAGAGCAAUUCCCCGAUGAGGUGAAUCAGCUUCUGCUCAGUUUUCUCACCAGCCAGACUCAAUCUUGAUCUGCAACUAAUGAUAAUACAUAUUUGAAUACAUGACUUAUCAGAAUGUACUUCAAAUUUCAGUUUAUGUAUUGCAAUUUUCUGCUGGUACAACUCACCGUCUGCAAAAUCUUGCAAUGUAACAAGAAUGGUACUUUAAUUCUACUCUGUUUGUUUGCUUUUUUUAUGAUUUUUCAGUUUAUUUUAUUAAUAACUGUUCCAUUCCUGC